AUGUUGUACCUGGAGACGGGCUCCACCACGGCCUACAGUGAGGGUCGAGACAGGAAGGCGGACGAGGACAGCAUCCGCAAGCAGCACGUGACGGACGGCUCCAAGAGCGGAGACGCUUACCGCCAAGUUUCCCACGGCAUCCAGAUGUCCACCAUCAAGAAGAGGAGAUCCACAGACGAGGAGGUGUUCUGUUUGCCUAUCAAAGGCCGUGAAAUUUAUGAGAUUUUGGUAAAAAUCAAGGAGUCCCUGGAGCUGAUGCAGUAUCUGCCUCAACACACCAUCGAGUCGUACCGGCAGCAGCAGCAGAACCUCCUCCAGAAACAGACCUCCAUGCCCUCGCAGCAGUCGUACGGCUCCUGCUCCCCCCCCCACGGGAAAAUGAACAAGCUGCCGUCCGUCAGUCAGCUGAUCAACCCGCAGCAGAGGAACACCCUCACCCCCUCUGGAAUGGGCGGGGGUCUCACCGACAUGACUCCCAUGAUGGGCUCUCACCUCCCCAUGAACGACUUGAGUUCACUGAGCCCCACCCACGCCCUGCAGGCUCAGAUGCCCCUGGUGCCCUCCUCCCACUGCACCCCCCCUCCUCCCUACCCCAUGGACAGCAGCAUCGCCAGCUUCCUUAUUCGGCUGGGCUGCGCAGGCUGCCUGGACUACUUCACAGCACAAGGCUUAAGCAACAUCUACCAGAUUGAGAACUAUAACAUGGAGGACCUGUCCCGGAUGAAGAUUCCCGCCGAGUACCAGCACUCCAUCUGGAAGGGCAUCAUGGAGCACCGGCAGGCCAUGGACUUCUCCCCCCCCCCCCACAUAGUGCGCACCACCAGCGGGGCGUCCACCGUCAGCAUGGGCUCCUCCGAGGCCCGAGGCGAGCGCGUGAUCGACGCCGUGCGCUUCACCCUCCGGCAGACCAUCAGCUUCCCGCCGCGCGACGAGUGGUCCGACUUCUCCUUCGACCUGGACUCCCGCCGCAACAAACAGCAGCGAAUCAAGGAGGAGGGGGAGUGAGGCGUUCAAAUCUCACCCCCAAAUCUCACCCCCAAUCUCACCAACCCCACGUCUGUCAUUUCACGCCUGCUGUACGAACAUUUCUCUGGGUCAGAGUGGUGCAGGGAUGACGUGAUUCUCUAGGCUCUAAACUGGUUCCCUCGCCAAUUGGAUUAUCCCCAAAAGAAUAAUCUCUGUGGCAAACACACGGCUAUGAUACUUAUACGCUUUGUUCAGCAUUUAUUAACACCACUUUUAUUCUAUUUAAAGCAUAAAUGCAAAGGUAAAAAGCUAACGUUAGGCUAUCAAGUAGCUACAGCGCGGUAGCAUGACUUGGCGGCUAAGCUAACGGCGGCUAAUCAGAAACAAGUUUAUUGCCAGGUACGUUUACACAUUAAAGGAAUUUGCUGCACACAUAAACACAAUGUUUAUUUGUUAAAAUGUUUGGCAUAAUGACAUUAAGCAGUCUCGUUAGCCACUUGUUAGCACGGCCAUUUUUAAGACACACAAAAAGCUUCAUACAUUCACCAGAGGGAAAUCAACUGAUACAUGUUAUGGCGUAGAACAAAACCUAAAAAUAUCUACAGCUUGUGUUUACCACAGAUUUUAGUUCAGGCAUGUAAAAUCUAAAAAACUUCAAGACGAGGGAACCCACAAAUGCUGACUCAUUUCUGUGUUUUAGGACUCAUUCCUGCACCACUCUUAGUGCAACAAAAGAACCUGCUAAGCAACAAAAAUCACAUUCACAUAAAAGUGCACUUACUUUGCAUUUUUGUUCUCGUUAAAUCGCCGAGGAAAGCGACACGCGGCGUUGAGCGAGAGUUGCAUUUUAUUACGUUCUAAUUUCUUGAGAGCACUUAAGAAAUGCUGAGGAUUUUCAACUUUCAUUUUCUUUGUAUGAUUCAUUCCCAUUUAAGAGCUUGACUGGAAACCAAAUUGGCGUUAGAGGGGAUUUAUAAGGGCUUUCUUUCUGCAGCGACUAAAUGUAUUUGUAUUGUUUCUGGUUACGCAGGUUAGACACUGGUUUUCAUUUUAAGUCAGCAUUGAUUGUAAACAUUUCAAACGUUUCCUGUCAGAAGUAUUAUGUCAAUUGAUGGGCGAUUUCGUGUUUCUGCUUCUAUAUUUUGCUUUUUUUUUUACGUCUAUUGUGAGAUCAGCUGUUUGUGAAGUAUGUGUUAAAGAGACAGAUGUAGCCACUUAUAGGCGUUUAUGCUCUUGACCCAGUGUUUUUACUAUGACUGAUGUCCUGCUGUGUUUCCGCCUGAUUUAAUGUGGAUUAAAUCAGUUAUUUUUCUACGUAUGAACCAUGUUUUGGGGUUUAUUUCAUUUGAUAACUGGCCAAAACCUGAUAGAUGUAUAUAUAUUUGUAUAGUUCCUUUUUUUUUUUAUAUAAAGUCUCCCUUAUUAAAAAAAGUAAUCAAGCAUAAUGAUGUGAAUAUAAGUCAGUAAGAACAAAGUUUGUAUUGAUUCUCCGUCACCAGCCCGUUGUCUCAGUAGCCAGCAUUAUUAGAACAAGCAGAGCGUUUUUUUUUUCAUGUUUUUGUACAAUGUUUUGUAAAUAUGAUGCAAUAUACCACGGGUAUUUUCAUAUAAAUCUGAAAUAAAUAUCCAUACUUGCUGUAUCGCAUGUUGAAACUC